AUGGUCUCCACCAGACGGAGCGCCCGCGGACCUUCCGCCACCGCCACCGCGAUCGGCACCGGGAAGGAUAAAAAGCCAAAGGCUGACGGUAAGCGCAAGCGCUCGGCGUCCACCGCCGCGGCGAAGGCGACGCCCGCGGCCGCGUCCGCCCCCGCCGCGAACACCGACGCCGCGACGCCGCUCCUGGACCUCGGGCCGCUCGAGGAGGGGGUGCUGGUGGGCCGUCCCUCCGAACGCAACCGAUCGCCGUACGUGGGCGACGUGCGCAUCACGUCGGGUCCCCACGCGGGACGCGUGGCGGUGACGCACCUCCCGAACAUGGACAGCGGCGGAAAGUGCCGCCCCGGCGUGCGCGUCCUGUGUCGGCGGCAGCCGGGCGUCACACCCGACACCGUAGGCCAGUACGGAACCCCCAAGUGCGAGCUCGUGUGCCAGCUCAUCCGAUGCGACGAGCCCGAGAAUGACGCGCUCGGAGGGUGCUGGGUAUCCGCGCAUCCCACCAUCGGCGAAAAGCUCGUCGAGGCGCUCAUACGCCGCGGCGCCCUGGACGCUCGGCUGCACGCCCCGGUUUGUAACCUCGAGACGCAGGUGGGCAAGACGAGGAAGGUGAGCGACAGCGCCAGCGGCGGGUACCGCCCCGACUUUCGAGCCACGCACGCCGACGGCACCGCGACGGUGCUCGAGACGAAGCAAGUGGUGGACACCGAUUACGACCCUCGCACCGUCCACGACGCCGCGGCUUUACAACCCGGGCACCCGGUGUACGCGCCGAGGGACGACGUUAACGCGGGGGGGUACGAGCGCGCGGGUAUAUUCCCGUGGGGCAAGCGGGGUCAGAAGGGCCCGGGUGGCGAGCAGGUCGUCUCCGCUCGAGCCAUCGAGCACGUUCGAGAGCUCGCGGCUGUGGUCGACCCGGGGACUGUCAGAGGGAAGAAAGGGACGAGUGGGGAUGUUCACGCGGCCGUGGUGCUGAUGGCGGGGCGGCACGACGUGUGCGCGAUCCGCGCGAACGGCGCCGCGUGUCCUUCCUUCGCGGCGCACCUGGCCGCGGCGGAGGGUCGAGGCGUUCGGGUGUUGGGGCACAGGGUUCGAUGGGGCGAGGGGGUCGACGUCGGGAGGGCGUUCGACGGCGGGGAGGUUCCGGUGCUGCCGCCGCUCACGGAGGAGGACCUCGCGGUGCUGGUGCCCAAGCCCAAGCCCGGGAAGGAGAAGAAACCCGCGGUGAAGAAGGCGAGGACGGACGAGUGA